AUGGCCCAGCACCAUGUCCAGCUGUCUUCAACGUCAGGUGGUGUUUUUUUGCAUGCUAAUCCUGCAGAGAAACAUUGUGUCCAACAAAGUAUGCUGGGUCAGCAAAAGCAAGAAACUUGUGCUGGAAAGACAGUAUCCACAGAUAAACACAAAUCCCCUUCGGAUAUAAUACGGAGUUUUCAGAAGAAAAGUCAGUUUAGGACCAUUGCUCCAAAAAUGGUGCCAAAAAUUUUAACAUCUGGAGUGGUUUCUUGUCUUCAGUCAUCUUUGCCUGAGCAAAAUACACCGAUUUCAGCUGCAGGUUCUAAACCGCUGGUGGUACCAACUCAAAACUAUGCUGUCAUGCAGGUGGCUGGGCAUGAGGGAACUUUUUCUUUGUUGGCCUUGCCGUAUGUUGCUCCUGCCCUAACACAGCAAGUCCCGCAGUCAAACAUGGCCCCUUCUGAAAACCUAAAGCUGCCUAUCCCUAGGUACCAAUCUGUAAGAAAUAAAUUGCUGAAUGACAAAAAACUGGCACAAAUGUCUGGUUUGGGUGCACAUAAGAUUCCUGCCAAAGCAUCGACCUCAUCGCAGACUUCCCCCAUGACUGCCUUAACUGAAGACUGUCCUGAAACUCAUUCUAAUUCAGAUCCAACUGAGCAAGUGAUGCUAACAGACCGUGACUCAGCUGAAAUUACAGUUGCCACAUUAGUAAAUAAAAGCAAUUGUGUGGAAUCUGGAUCUCCUUUAGUGAACAAAACUGAAGUUGCUAACGGUAAUGUUUCUGGACCAUCUGUAGUUAAAGACUCUUUAUCCAAGCUGGCAAGUACAAUUAAUCCCAUGAAACUAAGUCUACGCUCUGAGAAGACAGCAUCUGAAAUCACAGGAGAGUCAUUCAUAAUGUCUGAGAAACUAAAGGAAAAACCCACAAAUUCUGCAAAUUCUGUUGCUGUCCUGUCACCAGCAGUUUUUGGCAGUACAGUACAGAUGACUCCAUCAGCACCAAAAGGAAAACUUCCUAUUUUGCCUUACUCAAGGAUGAAAAAUUCAGUGUUCUGUAAAUCUAAGCAGAAUACUAAUGUUACAGAUGUACCUGGUCCUUCAUUAAGAUCUGAAUGUGAAAAGAUACCAGCUUUGGUGAAAACCUUUCAUGUUCCUGCUAAAGCAUCUGAUAAACGAUUAGCUGUAUCAUUUACACAAGUCCCCAGACAAACCGUUCGAGAAAAUACCUUCUCUCCAUCCAAUAAAGUGGAUGUUGACAGUCUUAAAAAAUUGAACGGUGCAGCCUCUAAAAGAAGAGGCAGGAAAAGAAGAGCCCCAGAUGAUUUAUUGGCUUUUCAGAGCAAGCGAAGGAAAUGUGUCAUUAAUAAGUUUAGAGAAGGAAGAGAGAGGGUGAAAGUUGAUCUUCAGCCACCUGAAAACAAAAAAGCAGACGCAGUGAAAAAAUACCGUAGUAUUAGACCAAAACCAGUGGUAGUUGUGCAGGCUUUUGCACCAUUGACUUCUGCAGCAAUAGUAGAGACACCAUCUCCUGACCAUUUAGACGAAGAUAUUUUUUUAAAUAGUUCACUUCCCAACAAAUAUUUAAGUUACAAGCAUAGUGACGCUACAUCAGCUAAAUCAAGUGAGUUAAGCAGAAAUGCAUGUUCAACUGUACCUAAGCCGUCACAUAAAUGUCAUGUUUGUAACCAUAUCUUUCAGUUUAAACACCAUCUUCAGGACCAUAUGAACACACAUACAAACAAACGGCCUUACAGCUGUCGAAUUUGCCGGAAAGCAUAUAUUCACUCCGGAAGCCUGAGUACGCAUAUGAAACUUCAUCACAAUGAAGGCAAACCCAAAAAACUUGUGUGUUGUGAAUUCUGUGCUAAAGUUUUUGGCCAUGCAAAAGUGUAUUUUGGUCACCUAAGAGAAGUGCACAGGGUUGUUAUUAGUACAGAGCCCUCUACCAGUGAGCAACAGCUGCAAGAUGCUUUAAAGAAGAGAGACACGAAUGUAAAAGAAGCAGAAGAAGCAACGGAGAGGGGAAAUAAGUGCAAUUUUGAGGACCUAUUCCAUAACCCAGGAGAAGUGAAAUUACAGAUCAAAUGUGGUCGAUGCCAGUUUAUUGCACAGUCUUUUGGUGAAAUGAAGUUUCACUUACUGUGCUCUCACGGAGAGGAGAUCCAGGGAAGAGUAAAGGAAGGGGCAUUGCAAGGAAACAGAGGAGCUAAGGGGGAACUGAUCAAACAUGGAACCCACUUCUGGAAACAGCGCAACGAGAGAAGACACUUAGCAAAAUGCAGUGCCCGUGAGGAGGAGUUUUAUACUUACCCGAAACUGAAAAGACAGAUAUACUUUCACCAUCAAAAUAAUGUUGAUAUGUUAUCUAAAAGUGAACUGACUCACUCAGGAGGUGGUGAAGCAGCCAAGGAGAUGCAAAAUGUAGGUUUUGGUACACCAAGCAAAAAAAUAGAAAUUUGGUCUAAAGCGGGCUAUAACUGCAUUUUAUGCAAACAGUUCUUUGGAAGAAAAGAGGAUCUUUGUAAUCAUUGGCAGAGUCACCAUAACUGUGAAGACCCCUCUACUUUAUGGACAAUUUUUAGUUUGUUAUCAAAACAAGGAAUUAUUGAACUUUCUAAUAAUGGUGAAUAUUGAAGCUCAGUUCUACAAUGCUAUGAACAACAUCAGCUACCUUACCCAAUUGUUUAUGUUUUUUUGCUGUGUUGCUAAACUA